AUGCAGGCGCGGGCGCUGGUCCUGGCCGCCCUGGUCGCGCUGGCGCUGGCCCGGGAGCCCCUGGCCACGUCGUGCCCCGCGCGCUGCGACGUGUCACGGUGCCCGAGUCCCCGCUGUCCCGGCGGCUACGUGCCCGACCUCUGCAACUGCUGCCUGGUGUGCGCCGCCGUCGAGGGCGAGCCGUGCGGCCGCGCCGUAGACUCGCCGUGCGGGGAGAGCCUGGAGUGCGUGCGCGGCGUGUGUCGGUGUCGCUGGGCGCACGCCGUGUGCGGCACCGACGGGCACACCUACGCCAACGUGUGCGCGCUGCAGGCGGCCAGCCGCCGCGCGCUGCAGCUCUCCGGGACGCCCGUGCGCCAGCUGCAGAAAGGCGCCUGCCCAUCGGGUCUCCACCAGCUGACCAGCCCGCGGUACAAAUUCAACUUCAUCGCUGACGUGGUGGAGAAGAUCGCGCCGGCCGUGGUCCACAUAGAACUCUUCCUGAGACACCCUCUGUUCGGCCGCAACGUGCCCCUGUCCAGCGGCUCAGGCUUCAUCAUGUCGGAGGCCGGCUUGAUCGUCACCAACGCCCACGUGGUGUCCAGCACCAACACCGUCUCGGGCCGGCAGCAGCUCAGGGUGCAGCUGCAGAGCGGUGACACCUACGAGGCCACCAUCAAAGACAUCGACAAGAAGUCGGACAUCGCCACCAUCAAGAUCCACCCCAAGAAAAAGCUCCCGGCGCUGUUGCUGGGCCGCUCGGCAGACCUGCGGCCCGGCGAGUUUGUGGUGGCCAUCGGCAGCCCCUUCGCCCUGCAGAACACCGUGACCACGGGCAUUGUCAGCACGGCCCAGCGGGACGGCCGGGAGCUGGGCCUCCGGGACUCGGACAUGGACUACAUCCAGACGGACGCCAUCAUCAACUACGGGAACUCCGGGGGACCGCUGGUGAACCUGGACGGCGAGGUCAUCGGUAUCAACACGCUCAAGGUUGCGGCCGGCAUCUCCUUUGCCAUCCCCUCAGACCGCAUCACGCGCUUCCUCACGGAGUUCCAGGACAAGCACGGCAAAGACUGGAAGAAGCGCUUCAUUGGCAUACGGAUGCGGACCAUCACACCAAGUUUGGUGGAGGAGCUAAAGGCCAGCAACCCAGACUUUCCGGCGGUCAGCAGUGGAAUUUACGUGCAAGAGGUGGUCCCAAAUUCACCUUCUCAGAGCUGCUGCAGCCCAGUGAUUCAGCAGACAGCAGUCACCGAGAGCGGCCACACGCAGGGCGCCCCAAGAGCCAGACAGGGGAGCUCGGUGGUGAUGGCGGCUGCCGCUGACCAAGGCUGCACAGGAGGCAUCCAAGAUGGCGACAUCAUCGUCGAGGUCAACGGGCGCCCCCUGGCCGACUCGAGCGAGCUGCAGGAGGCCGUCCUGACCGAGUCCCCGCUGCUGCUGCAGGUGCGGCGGGGGAACGAUGACCUGCUCUUCAGCAUUGCGCCCGAGGUCGUCCUGUGAGGCCGGGGCCCCUCCCUCCCUCGCCGACCGGAGCCCGCAGCCGGGACAGGGGCCAGCAGACGGGCUCCGCCCAGAGCCGCCGCCUCCCACGGGGUCAGGACAAAGGACCGAGGUCGGUCCUCUGCAGAGCCAGAGGCCUCCUCGCGGCCGUCCAGGGCCAGAGCCACGGGCUGGGCUUGGCCAGGGGUCCGCAGCUCAGCCUUCUGGGAGGAUUGGCUCCGGCAUCACGGUGCCCCUCGGGGCAGCCCAACGUCCCCCCACCCACCAAAUGCUCCUGAGGGCCCUUCCAAGUUCCCAGAUCUAGAAAACUCUUCUGUUUCCCCGGAGGAAGUCCCAUCCUCUCUCCCGCCUUCCUGCCUUUGCACCUGUUGAUAGGAUACCUCUCUCUGGAAUAUGCCGGCUGGCCCUCCCCUCCCCUCCCCCCACCGACUCUCACCUGUUCAGGUCUCAGCCCCCCAGCCUCCUCCUCUCCCAGGUGCGCCUCCCCGGCCUCCCACACCCAAUAGCCCAGCGCCCACCGCGUUGAACGACCAGGGCUGUCUGCCCGGCCAAUCUGCUCCCCUUGAGGAGUCAGGUUUGGCGGGUCUGGCCCGGAGCUGCCACGGCGGGAUGUCCCCUGGCUGUCCAGCCAAGCCCCAGGGCUUGGCGAUGAGGUCCGCCUUCCCAGGCGCAAGGGAAGCUGGCAGGGAGCGGAGCGUGUCUGACCCCCUGGAAGGCCGCCCAUCCUCCGGGAGGGGCCCCUGGGGUGGAGGGCAGAGUUCAGAGGAAGCUGGGGCCUGCGGGGGGGGGGGGGAGGGGAGGACGGAGCCGCUGCACCUCCCCUGGCUGCUCUGUGUGGAGCGGGACUCAGGGCAUCGCCCAGGAGCAGGCGCGGUGCUCCCCUCUCCGCGGGGAGCCUGUUUCCAGGCGGCCCCGUGAGUUCACUGUGCAGCCCGGGCCCCCA